CGGCGGGGCCCGCCCCUCCCCGCGCGGGGCAGGGAGGGCUGUCGGGGCGUCUGGUGGCCGUUGUUGUCGCUCCGGUUGUCGGUGUGGUGAGGGAUGGCCGGGUUGUCCUUCCGCUGCGCGGCGGUGCUGAUGUCGCCGCCGCUGCUGUUGCUGCUGGUGGUGGCGGUGGCCGGCGGGGCCAUACCGCCGCCGGAGGAGGCGGCGCGCAUGGCGCGCUUCGUGCUGCACAACUGCGACUGGGGGGCGCUGGCCACGCUCUCCGCGCAGGAGGGGCUGCGCGGGCGCCCCUUCGCCAACAUCUUCUCCCUCAGCGACGGGCCGCCCGGGCCCCUCGGCGGCAGCGGCGUCCCCUACCUUUACCUGACCGACAUGGAGAUCUCCGUGCAGGACCUGGAGAUCAAUUCAAAUGCCUCCUUAACUGUGUCUUUGGCACAGACUCCGUACUGCAAGAAGCACAGAUAUGAUCCCCAGAACCCCCUCUGUGCCCACAUAAUCUUCUGUGGGAGUGUUGUAAAGGUGAAUGAUUCAGAAGCGGGCUUAGCAAAAAAAGCAUUAUUCAGUCGCCACCCUGAAAUGGAAGGUUGGCCUAAGGAUCAUAAUUGGUUCUUUGCCAAAUUCAACAUCACCAAUAUUUGGGUCCUGGACUACUUCGGUGGAUUGAAAAUUGUGACACCAGAAGAAUAUUACAGUGUCAAGCCUUAGUGGAAGAAGAUCCUUGGUGAUGCUGAUAUUCAAAUGAAUUACUUUGGCUCUUUUAUGAAAGACUGUUUUUUUUCAUCUACGUAUUGUGGAGCUGAAUUAAUGCAAAAAAUCAAACACCUUGCGUUGUUAAUGAGCCUGUAUAACCCUUCUGAAGCAAAUGUAAAUUCUCACUAACUAGCACAGCUUGAAUCAUGUCACACUUAAAAACGUUUGUGCAUAAGCCAUAACUAAAUCUUAUUCAUUGGACAUGAUUCUGGAAAGAUGUCUGUCUUUCUGACAGUCUGCAUGUAGAAAGGCUGUGUUUACUGGAAAAUAAAGGAUUAGUCCAGUUCUAAACCUUUCAAUGCCUUAGUUAAAUAAUAUCUUUGUGAGCUCUCUCCAAUUUUGUUUUACUUUUAAUUACAGUUUAGUUUAGAUCUUUAGGGCGAAGUGCUACAGGAUGGCUCAGCUGACUGUGGGAUGGAAAGUUUUGCUCGUAUUGCAAUGGCAAAUUAUAUGCUGAGUUCCCAAAUUCUGUUAAGAAUUUUCUUUGCACAUAGUACACUCACUCGUGUGAGCAUUUUUUCUCUUUUGCUACCUAUAUUGAAUGUGCUAUAGAAUACGAUUAUGUUUAUGCGAACUGUACAUGUACCUCUUUAUAAGUUCUUGGUGACUUUUCAGCUGGAAGUGGUUAUAUGCCCCGACUCUUUAAAAGAAGCAGGGUGGUAAUACCUAAACUCUCUGACUUUAUGAUAAGAAGAGUAGUGGUGUAUAAAUUUAAUUAGAAUGUUGUAAAGGGUAAAUGUUUUCUGAUCAGGAUUCUGAAAUCUUCAUCCUUGUUAGUCUGAUCAAAUGGCAAUGCAACAGCUUUUAUUACCCUCAACAGUAGAACUGAGCAGACUUGGUUUUGGAAGCCUUACACAGCACUUCUGGGUUAGUAACCCAGAAGGGAGAAAGAAGCAGUACAGUAUGACACAGAUAAUUCAUGGCUUGUAGAGAAUCAAAAUUAAUGAAAGGUGUGCAUAAUUAAUUCUUUGUUAAAAUAAGCCACAUACAACCACAGAAAAAUAAACACCUCUUUACAUCCUCUCUCAUCUCCCAUGUCCUAAGUUCACAAAUAUGGAAAAGGGAUUAUGAGUAAUUAAGUUGAUUUUACAAUGAGCAAAUAUUAUCUAGUUGACAGAGUAGAGAAUGUGAGAAUUUACACUCCUUAGAGGAAGAUCCAUACAUAGAACAGUGGAAUUCAUCAUAUCGAAUUAUCUCUACAUCUUAGGAUAAUUAUUAUAUCACUACUUUUCUCAAAUACUGGAGUGAUUUGUGAAAGUAUUUUUGACAUUUUCCUUCUCUGCAAGGGGAAGAAAGGUACUUGUUACUGUAUCAAACACAUUCUGUUCUACUACUUGAAAAUUAAUUUAGGAUCAAAAAAACUUAAAAUAUGGAAAAAUUUAUGUUGAACAGGUAACACAGACAUUAAAUAUGAAAUUGGAAAAUAUUUUUAUAUAAGGCAUAACAACUGUGGAAACUCAGAUGAUCCUCUGGUAUGGACUUGAUCCUUUCCAUGGGGACACCUGAAUGCGUUACGUGUCAUUCCAUAACUUCUGAUGUGUGAGACUGCUGCUGCGCUUUUGAUAAAAUUAAAAUAUUUUUUGACAA